ACAAUUGGGUUCAAUAAUUGGGGUUGGGACUGAUUUUGAAUACAUGGUUUAAUACGGAGGACAUUUUGGUCAUUUCCUAAUUAAAAUGACUUGGGGCUUUUUAAAUCCACCGUGCGUUUUCUUUGUUUGAUCGGGCAUAUGAAGGAAAAGGGGAUACGAAUCGAACGCCAAAGAAGUGAACGAAAACGGGAGAUGGAGGCUCGCAAGAUGCUUAAUCCGGAUUUGCUUGAUCAAUCGUUCGCGAAGGGGGAUGUCAUCUCCGGUGUUUGACGAGGCCGAAGGAGAAAAAGAGAGGGGAGGCAGCCUCAGCGAGGCUGCCUUCGUCCUCGGCUGGCCUUGAGAUGCGAAAGAGAGAAGGGUCCGAUGGGGCAAAGCAGUCAGCGACGGCAGGGGUGAUUUGGACCUGCUGUGAAAUCGGCGAAGGUAAGGGACGACCAAGAGGGAUGCGAGGGCAAAAGAGGUGGUUCGGUGGGAGGAAUUGGUGAUAGUAGCAGCUCGAGUGGGGCGUUUGGUUGCUUGAUCGAAUGGGAGAAAGGGAGGUUAUAUGGGGUUCUUGAUUGAUUGAAGAGGGAAGAUAUCUGAACGAAAGUAUAAAGAACGAAGGCAGCAGGAUAGUCAUCGACCAUGGCAGCUAGGGCGUUUGGGUGGUUCUUCUUCAACAGGAAAAAUGAACGAGAUCAGCAACAGGCAGAAAUUUCGAUCAAAGGGUUUUUUUGGAAAAAGAAGAAGAAAGCCUGGAUGCGAAUUUCAUAUCACUGGGUUCUUUCCCUUUCUUCACCAUGGUUAAAAAGAAAAAACGAGAGGAAGGGUGAUGGAGUACCACAGUUAGAAAAAAAUUUGAGUGUAAGGGAAGUUUGAGUGUGCCGGCGGGUAACACGAAAGUUGGAAGCAACCUAAAUUUGGCUUUCAUAUUUUGAUAUUUUGUUAUUAUUAUUUUUUUUUUUUGU